AUGCAACUCUCAGAGAGAAAUGACAGUGAAGCCACCUUCACCCUCCUGGGUUUCUCUGAUUACCCAGAACUUCAAGUGCCACUCUUCUUGAUUUUUCUGGCCAUCUACAGUGUCACUGUAGUAGGGAAUAUUGGAAUGAUUGUCAUUAUCAAAAUUAACCCCAAGCUGCACACUCCCAUGUACUUUUUCCUCAGCCACCUCUCCUUCGUGGAUUUCUGCUAUUCUUCUAUUGUGGCUCCCAAGAUGCUGGUGAAUUUACUUGCAGAAGAUAGAAGCAUAUCGUUUUGGGGGUGUGUGAUACAAUUCUUUUUCUUCUGCACCUUUGUCGUGACUGAGUCCUUCGUAUUAGCAGUGAUGGCCUAUGACCGCUUUGUGGCUAUCUGUAACCCUCUGCUCUAUACGGUUGCCAUGUCCCAGACACUCUGUGCUAUGCUGGUGCUGGGGUCCUAUGGGUGGGGGAUAACAUGCUCCCUGAUACUGACAGGUUCUGCUUUGAAAUUGUGUUUCUCCCCUUUCAACACCAUCAAUCACUUUUUCUGCGAGUUCUCUUCCCUACUCUCUCUUUCAUGCUCCGAUACGUCUGUCAACUAUUUGCUGCUCUUCGUUUUUGCCACGUUUAAUGAAGUCAGCACGCUGCUCAUCAUUCUCCUGUCUUACCUGUUUAUUCUUGUCACCAUCCUCAAGAUGCGUUCGGCCAGUGGGCGUCGCAAAGCUUUCUCCACCUGCGCUUCGCACCUGACUGCCAUCACCAUCUUCCAUGGCACCAUCCUGUUCCUCUACUGUGUGCCCAACUCCAAAAACUCCAGACACACUGUCAAAGUGGCCUCUGUGUUUUACACGGUGGUGAUCCCCAUGUUGAACCCCCUGAUCUACAGUCUCAGAAACAAGGACGUUAAGAACACAGUCAGCAAAAUAGUAGACACCAAAGUCUUUUCUUCGUAA